GGGGGGCGGGGGGAAAGAGUGGGCUACAAGAAAAUUAUGAUACGUUUUUCCCCGUUCUUUGGUCGUGGAUCGACCCUGGAGACGUCUUGCCGGACAACAAGGGCGAUCAAAUGCAAUUGUGCCGGCCUCGAGGGCAGUUAGUUUUCGUGGGCCAGUUUUUUGUGCGACCACUUCAAGAUAGCAUGACGAGUUAGUUCCCUUCACUUUCUUAAUUCUAAGCGUGUAUGGUGUAUCCGUUUUUCGAUCGUGGCAUGUUGUCUUCUUGUGUCUUCCGGUCUUUCCUGAGAAUGGGAAGAAUUGUGCCAUGAUAAAUUCAUGACACUAUCGAUUUUGAGAUGACAAGGUCUUUGGAAUUCACCCUGGAGGAGAAAGAACACUACCCGUCAAAUGGAGAAAGAUUUACUCGGCUUCUAAUAGAAAGCUGAAUCUCCUUCCUCAUCUAGUUCCAAGAGACAGAUACCUUGCGAAGACUAUUCAACUACCUGUAGAACGCUAGAGAGGAUGCUAUGAGAGUGGACAGAGAUCUCAGUCCCAUUCGGUUGGUUCAUGUGGAGUAAACAUGGUGUUGGCAACGUUCUGGUUUUGGAUACAUUCCAUGCUUUGGCCUAACCACGGCAUUGCACCUCCCAUCUUUCCCAAUGCCACAGAAUUCAUGGUUAUUGGGGCCGGUCUCCAAAGAACUGGAACAUUUUCUACUCGAAUAGCUCUGUCUAAGCUUUUGGAUGGCAAGUGUUAUCAUGGGUUUGUGGGUUCCAUGGGUUGGGAUAGUGACUUUUGGCUCCGGGCAACCUAUAAUAAUCUUACCGACAACGACUGGCACGCCGUCUUACCAGGACAAGGGUACAAGGCCGGGGUAGGCGAGCCAAUCAGUCUUUUUUACGAAGACCUCAUGAGAAUAUUUCCCGAAGCAAAAGUGAUAUUGACGCAACGUGCGUCAGAAAAGUGGUACAAAUCAAUGACCAAAGCCAUUAUUGAGCCACGAAAUUUCCUGGAGGAACCUCCGAUAUCCUGGUUUUUUGGGUUCUUAGGAAUUGUCCAUGCCAAGCAAGUCAUGGCAAAUCUUCGUGAGGAAAUUCGAAUCAAACGGAAGCUGAACUACACGUCUUGGACAGCUGUGGAGGCAGGACCCGAUGUUGCAAUGGACUUCUUUAAUGAGUGGAACCGGCAAGUGAUCCAAAAGGUUCCAAAGGAGAGACUAUUGAUUUACGACGUCAAAGAAGGCUGGGAACCAUUGUGCCGUUUUCUGAACCUCCCAAUUCCGGACGAACCUUUUCCCAGACUGAAUGACUACGGAACCAUUGAAGCCACUGUCAAAGGGAGUUAUUAUGGAAUUGUCCUUGGACUCCCAUUGUCUGUGAUAUUGCUAUUAGUUUGGAAAAGUCGAUGCGGCAAGGACCUAUUGCACUUGGUGCCUAAAUUCCUUGGACGGUUUAUUUACGGCGUAGCAUUCUGUCUUGGUUCUAAGUGCCUCAAGACCAUGAAAUCUGCUUCAAAAGCUCAAAAACCGCCCAUUCUGAAGUUAUAAGGAAAGCGUGCUGACAAAGCCGUCUGUGAUUGAAAGAAAACGAAUCAAAAUACUGUUUAUAAAGCACUAGAAACAUACUUUAUACAAUGUUGAAUAUUCUACCAGUUUGUAUAAACCAUGCAAGAUGUAGUAACACGACGCAACUCACUACAAUGGUCACUUCAAUUCUUUAUCAAGCAAGAAAAUAAACGACAAAUGCUUAGAAGUCUUCA